AUGACGAAAAGUCAUUGUUUCUGCGCUAUCUGCGGUGCCCCAACCGGACGUCUGGAAUGGAAUGCCUCAAGUGCUGAUACCUACUCUCCUCAUCUCGUUAAACCGAGUACGGUAGAAUGGCUGGCAGACGUCGGGCUCAUCAUCUACAACACGAAAGGCGGGCUGCCAACGAUGUCUCUGUCUUACGAGCAUGAAGACGCACGUCAUUCCCGCCUCACGGAAGGGACAACGGAUCGCUUCAAGAAUACCCGCAAACUACCUGUCGAGGACGAUAAAACUUAUGAUGCCAUUCCGAUUGCUCGACUUCAGAACGGCGGAUUCUGGAAUGCCAAGAAGGGAUCCGAGUAUGCUGUUUUGUCACCAGAUAAAAUCGAAGAUGUCGACAAGUUGGUGGGCAAAUUGAUCGAGCUUGCAAAGGUCGGGUGGCCCUCUUCAGAAUCGCAACCACUCACUCCAGAGUUGUUAAAGCAUCACAGAACCUGGCUGGAAAAGUUCAAUGACGAUCUGCCCUGGGCCAAAAAGUUUCUCUAUCGCCCGAUCAACGGUGUCAACUGGGAGCGCCUCUACAAAACUUUCAAGAAUAGUGAAUACGGCCGCGCUGAGUGGAACAUGCCAGCUAUUCCGGCUCUCCAGAACAGAGCGCGUAUCUGGAAGAUUUGCAACAAGAUCAUGGAGGAGCACAUGCCGCAUUUGGAGGCGCGUCGCGAUCAGAACGAUGUACACCGAAAAUCAGUUAUAGCUCAGAACGGGGAUGGAAACAACAAACUUCCGCCUGAGUUGUACGAUGCAACACCAGCGGCAAAAUGGGAGAAUGCGAACUUCACCUACUACGGCAGCCUCGCAGAGUGCGAACCCGUCAUAACAGCACAUUGGUCCGGGGGUUCGGACUCCACCCUGGGCAGGCUCGGAGUGACAAUGUCGGAAGACCGAGACCAAAAGGAAAAGAUUAUGGGCCCACAUGCUGUUCCCUUCGACUCCCCUAUCAACAAUGGACGUCAUUACAACAAUGGACGUUACUUUCGCACCGAAUGUUUUGCAAUACCCAAGGGCACCUGGAUAAGAGAAGUUGUCGUGUACACGAAACUGACUAUACCGUACGAGGAAGGAUACAGUCAUAAGACCAAAAUCAAGGGUCUGAAAUUGGUUCUCACCAACGGACAGUCAGCUGAACUGGGUCGAUGUCAUAGCUUUACCCCAGAAGUCUACAAAGCCCCUCCUGGCCACUUCAUGGCUGGCGUCUCACCCAUCAGCAAAACUCCUCCUGGGAGCCAUGCCCGGUUUGUCGACCGUGGCUGCACUCCCCCGAAACCCAUCCCAGGACUGCAGGCGUACAUCGAUGUGGAGAAACGUCCCAAUCAUUUGGCCUUGGAGCCAAAUGCACAACCUGCUAUGCAGCAUCUCAUCCUUGCAAAACGCGAGUUCGACCUGGACUGCUUAGAGUCUUUCGGUGUAGACACUCACCUGGGAGGCUUCGAGCUUAAUCUAUACGGAUUAAAGAGAAUCGUUAUAGGACCCCGCAGAAGGACUAUGAAGUACCUCGCCUUUGAGGGCAAGACUGAUAAGGACGACUGGAUCAUCGGGUGCUGGGUACACAAGUCCAAUGGUAAGCCCGUUGGGCUCCGCUUCUUCACUCGCAAAGGCCGUCAGUUAAUUGCGGGAGAACCUGGAACGGAUGGCGAACCCCAUCUGAUAGGAAACGAGCUUGAGAGAUGGGCACCAGCGAAAAGCUUCAUUAGUGAACUAUCUGCUGCGUGGUCCUAUACCGAGUCCGGAAAGCCCCAGAUGACUGCCUUUGGAGCUGCUCUUGGCAACGACCUACCAAACAGUUGCCUGGUUGAAAACCUUGUACCAUCUAGCUGUGUGGAGUUGAACCUCGCAGAUGGUCCCGAAAAGGAUGUUUAUCUCGACUCGACCUCCUCACCACUGUGUAUACCCCAUAUUGUCAAUAGCCGGGGACCCCAAACCGUGUUCGGGAGGGAACGGAGUUCCUAUGAACUCUUUCAUCGCAAUGGACGCAGAAGGUCCGAUCGCAGGAUCGUGUCGUAUCUUGAUCUCUCGGGACCUAUAAGGACGGUCAAGGCAACCUUUUGUCAUACGCCAAAGUCCGGACAACUUCCCCUCGUCGCCAUGUUUGUCGAUCGCAAAAACCACCCCAGAGAAAAGCGCGAUAGGCACGGGACAACGAAACUUGGGGAAUCAUCGUUUGGACCGACUCUUUUCGAUAAGGAGGAACUGUGCGAAUGCAAGAACUUCCCUGAACUAUAUGAUCCGCAAACCACAGAUUGCGUCCACUACUCUGAAACAGAAUGGAAUUUUGGCGGACGAGAAAUCCAGAGUAUUCGUAUUUGGCUCACUGAUGAUAAUAUCUUGGCUGGUUUGCAAUCUGUUGCAGUGGGCGACCAGAAGGGUCCUGUGUGGGCUACGGGUUUGAAGGAUAAAGGAACCAAGUUUGUCCAGGUCAACAGGUUGCCCAGUCCUGAGAGAAAAGAAGCGGGACUCGUGUUGUUUCUUGAUUCCAACGAAAGUCCUUCUGCUUACGAUGACAUUGUUGUCGUUGGUAUUAGACCUAUUGGCUUCUCAGUCGAUGCGCCUUUGAUACGACGUGAUAACUGA